AUGGACGGUCGCAUAAACACACAAACACGCUCAUACACAAACAUGUCGACGUCGCAAGUCAGAAUCCAACUUAGCACGAGGAGUCCGGAUAUCGAGUUGCCCGAGGACACUGGUCCGAUCCUCGUCUCGACUGAGCUCCGCAGAUACCAGCUCUCAACCCUCGUGAACCGUCUGCUCGAGACCGAACAACCCGUCCCCUUUGAAUUCCUCAUCAACGGCCAAUUCCUCCGAACCUCGAUCGAUGAAUUCCUGACCGCCAACGGCAUCUCGGCCGAAACUACUCUGAACGUUGAAUAUGUACGCGCUCUGGUGCCGCCAUCACACGUUGCCUCGUUCGAGCACGACGACUGGGUCAGCAGUAUCGAUCUCCUUUCUUCCACCUCGGCAGCUGGAAAAUGGGCGGGCAAGAACUUCGCAGGCACUGGAAACGAACGUCUUGUGUCGGCGAGUUACGAUGGGUUGAUCAGGCUUUGGAACCAGAGCAAGGAGGUUUUGGCAACGAGUGGGGAUGGUGGACACAGUGGACCCGUCAAGAGCGUCAAAUUUUUGGACCACUCGCGUCUGGUCUCGUCGAGUGUGGAUCGCAGUGUGAGGAUCUGGAACUACAAUGACAGGGAGAUAACGCCCAAGGUUGAACUGCUGGGCCACACGGCUUCUGUGGAUCGAUUGGCUGUGCACACGCCUUCGCAGCGUAUCUUGACUGCAUCCCAAGACCACACCGUUGGAAUCUUCAGCAGCGACAUCAAGAGCAACCCCUCAGCACCCGCACAUCUCCUCCCCAACCUCUCCAACAAGCGAAGGAAACCCAGCGUCACCGUGCCUCAACGCGGCGCUCUGGCUCUACUGGCCGGCCACAACGCACCAGUUUCAGACGUCACAUUCAAGCCCGACGAUGCCACGGUAGCUUACUCGACCUCCUGGGACCACACACUCAAGACCUGGGAUUUGGCCACUCACAGCUGCGUCGACACUCGCACGACCUCGCAUCCAUUGGUUUCGGUGGCUGCUCUGCCUCAGAUCAACUUGGUUGCCGCAGGCACAACUGCUCGCCACAUCUCCCUCAUCGACCCCCGCGCAUCUGCAACUUCCGUCGUCGCCAUGACCCUUCGUGGCCACAACAAUGCUGUCGUCUCACUCACACCUUCGCCAGACAAUGGCUUUGUCUUUGCCUCUGGCGGCCACGACGGCAGUGUCCGUGUCUGGGAUGUCCGUAACGCCAAAGCUGGCAAUGGCGGUCCCACCGAGGGCGGUAUGACCGGCGAGAGCAUCUUUGUGCUCGAGCGUGAUGGACAGGGUGAGAAGAAACCUGUAGGUGGUGAGGGCAUCAAGGUGUUUGGCGUGCAGUGGGAUGAGGCGUGGGGUAUUGUUAGUUGUGGCGAGGACAAGAAGGUGCAGGUUAAUCAGCCCAGGUAA